CCCUUUUGAGCCCCUUGCCCUCCAAUAGGGGGAGAGGAAAGGCGCGCGUGCGCAGGAAGGAGCCCGCUUCCCCUUCAGGAUCGCUCGCUGGCAUCAUGUCGCAGAAGCAGAUCUAUUACUCAGACAAGUACGACGACGAAGAGUACGAGUACCGGCACGUGAUGCUGCCCAAGGACAUUGCGAAGCUGGUGCCCAAGACCCACCUGAUGUCGGAGUCGGAGUGGCGGAACCUGGGGGUCCAGCAGAGCCAGGGCUGGGUCCAUUACAUGAUCCACGAACCAGAGCCCCACAUCCUGCUCUUCCGAAGGCCGCUGCCCAAGAAGCCCGAAAAGUGACGCAGGCGACCUCUUCCCCGCAAUCUGGAGACACACACCUUUUGAAGCCAUCUCUGCGUUCUUGUUUUCUGCCAAGAGUUUGAAAGACAUUUUUCAAAUGCCAAGAAACACUGCACCAGUGACGCCGGGCCAGAACAAAGCCCUCCGCCGCAGAGAGAUGGCCUGUCGGGAUGGCCUGGAUGACGCUUUGAAAGCUCUCGCCAUCGGAGGCCCUUGCCUUCUCCCCACAGAAGGGUGAUGCCGGAGCUUUGAACAACCCGGGAGCAAGCGCCACAUUCCUCACUCUUCGUUAAAGUAUUUUUCAAUGUGUAUUUCUUCCUUUUCUCUGAACUUUAAAUUUUUUUCUUGGAAUUACUGUUCUGAAGGCUGUCAGUAAAACUGUCAAUAAAGAUAUACACACACA